CAACACCACUCUACGGACAGUCCGUUUGAAAGACGUUCUCUUGGACUGAGCCCGGGGCCUCCAUCCUCCUUCCUCUCUCCAUACCAGUCUGAAGCUUCUGUGUUCGCAUUCUCUUCGCACUCGCCGUUCAGAUCAAGUAUCGCGUUCGCGUUGCUGUCGGCUUCUUUCCUCUCGAGUUUCUGUCCGAUUCACUCGCGUUGUUGUUGGCGUUGCUGUCUGCUUCUUUCGCCGUUCGUUAAUUUGCUGUUCGCGUUGCUGUCAAGGUUCGUUAGCUGUCGUUCCUGCUCCAGAUUUGUUAAGUUGGCAGAAGCUGGUUUUGAUUAGUUCAAAUGGGAGGAGGAUUUAGAGUGCUGCAUUUAGUUAGGCCAUUUCUUUCAUUUCUCCCAGAAGUUCAGACUGCUGAUAGGAAGAUUCCCUUCAGGGAGAAGGUUAUAUACACAGUCAUCUCUCUCUUCAUCUUUCUCGUCUGUAGUCAGCUUCCUCUUUAUGGAAUACACUCCACAACGGGCGCCGAUCCAUUUUAUUGGAUGCGUGUCAUUCUUGCUUCGAACAGGGGGACUGUUAUGGAACUUGGCAUUACUCCAAUUGUUACCUCUGGACUAGUUAUGCAGCUCUUGGCAGGGUCAAAAAUCAUUGAAGUGGACAAUAGUGUACGGGAGGACCGGGCAUUAUUGAAUGGGGCUCAGAAGUUGUUGGGAAUUCUCAUCGCAGUUGGUGAAGCUGUUGCUUAUGUCUUAUCUGGGAUGUAUGGCAGUGUUGGUCAACUUGGAGUUGGGAAUGCCAUUCUUAUUAUAGUUCAGCUUUGCUUUGCUGGAAUUAUUGUUAUAUGCCUUGACGAACUUCUUCAGAAAGGAUAUGGUCUGGGUUCUGGAAUCUCACUUUUCAUAGCCACAAAUAUCUGUGAAAACAUCAUUUGGAAAGCUUUUAGCCCCACAACAAUCAACAGUGGCCGGGGAGCUGAAUUUGAAGGUGCUGUCAUUGCACUGUUUCAUCUCCUGAUUACAAGGACAGAUAAAGUUCGUGCUCUUCGUGAGGCUUUCUAUAGGCAGAACCUUCCAAAUGUAACUAAUCUGCUUGCUACAGUCUUGAUCUUCCUGAUUGUUAUUUACUUCCAAGGCUUCCGGGUGGUUUUGCCUGUGAGAUCAAAGAAUGCUCGAGGGCAACAGGGCUCAUAUCCAAUUAAGCUUUUCUACACAUCCAACAUGCCUAUCAUUCUACAAUCAGCCCUUGUUUCGAAUCUUUAUUUCAUCUCCCAGUUGCUGUGCAGGAAGUACAGUGGAAAUUUCUUUGUGAACCUCUUGGGAAAGUGGAAGGAAUCUGAAUAUUCUGGCCAAUCUGUUCCUGUUGGGGGUCUUGCUUACUAUGUCACAGCCCCGGCAAGCUUGGCAGAUAUGGCAGCUAAUCCUUUCCAUGCUCUGUUCUAUCUUGUGUUCAUGCUGGGAGCUUGUGCACUGUUCUCAAAAACUUGGAUAGAAGUUUCUGGAUCUUCCGCCCGAGAUGUGGCCAAGCAGCUCAAGGAACAACAAAUGGUGAUGCCUGGCCAUAGAGACUCCAAUCUGCAGAAGGAAUUGAAUCGCUACAUUCCUACUGCAGCUGCCUUUGGUGGGAUGUGCAUUGGUGCGUUGACGGUCCUGGCAGACUUCAUGGGUGCAAUCGGUUCGGGGACUGGGAUAUUGCUUGCUGUUACAAUCAUUUAUCAGUACUUUGAAACAUUCGAGAAGGAGAGGGCCAGUGAACUCGGCUUCUUCGGCUUCUAGGCGCUAGCUUGUUGGUUUAACAGUGAGGUGGCUUGUAGUGGAUUUAGCUUCUUUCGUUAAACUUGUUUUUCUAGGCCGAGCAUGCUUUUGGUUUAGAUGUAAUUUUGACGAAACUUCAGUUUUAUUUGAUUUUAGCAUAAUGUUGAUAUCGAACGAGAAAUUUCAGGUCGGGGAGAGUUAAAUUUCCUGUGAUUUGAAUGAAGAUGUGAAUUGUGGAA